AAAGAAGAACCGAACCGAACAAUUUUGCAGAGGCAAAGAGUAGAUAUUUACCCUUCUUCCCCCUUGAGCAAUCGUCCGAUCACUGAAAUCUUCACAAAUUCUGAUCUAUAAACCCAGCACCGCGCCCCUCUCUCUAGCUUUUCGCACGCCAUCUUCAUCUCCUAGAUCUUCAGAUCGAAGUCAUUGAAACCCCCGGUUUCGCGAAAAGCACGGUUUUUUUCACUUGGUUUCGGUGUGCAGGCGAAUUCAUUCAGAGUUUAAUUUAAAGACGACGCCGUUUCGGUGCUGCCGGCGUCGACGUCCUUCAAUUCAAUUAACAUCUUUUUAGCUGAGUUUUGGGGAAAUUUGGAAAUAAUCAAUGGCAGCUCCAGGAGGACCUAGACCAAGGAAUGCACCACCACCCAAUUAUAACCCUAAUGCACUUGCUGAUGGCAUGCAAAAUCUACAAGUAAAUAGGCCCAAUCAGCCACCUAGUGCUCCUAGGCCUAAUACCCCAUUUGGGCAGCAGCCUCCUUUUUCUGGUGGACCUCCUGUUAGUCGCCCAGGACCUCCACCACCUGGUGUGUUCCAGAGAGGUCCUGCACCUCCUAGUGGUCCUCCACACACCGGAUUGCCUCCUCCUGUGGCUCAGUCUGUUCCUCCCUUUGCAUCUCGGCCACCUCCUCCUGGUGUGAUGCCUCCUUCUAUGAGUGGUGCACCCCCGCCACCUGGUUCUUUGCCUUCUGCAUUGGGUCCUCGUCCAGGGCCUCCGGGUCCUUUUGCUUCUUCGCCGUUGACUACAGGUCCUGCUGUGCCGCCACCAUCAAGUAUUUCUAGCUCCAUUAGUAAUGGGCCACCAGCGGGUGGACCAGGAAUGAUGCAGGGCGGAGGACGUUUUCCUCCUCCAAGCAAUACAAUGAGGCCACCAUUUGGAGCUCCUCCACCAGCUAUGGUUUCACCUGGUGCUUCUUCUCAGCCUUCAGGCAUGCGGUCACCCUUUGGAAGUUCGUCAUCUGUCAGUGCAACACCAGUUACAGCACAACCACCACCACCAUUUUCCGGAUCAUUUCAGAAUAUGCCACCUCCUUCAGGUUCCUCCCCAUUUGCAGCACCUGUUCAAGCCAUGCCUCCACCCAUGGGUGCUCCUUAUGGAACACAGUCGUGGCAACCCCAUCAGGGGGCUCCACCUUCUGCUAUCCCUGGUUCGAUGCAACCACCAAGUAUGUAUGGAAUGCCACCUCCUCUUCCAAAUCAGGCAGUGGCUUCGAUAACUCCUUCUAUUGGCCAUACCAGCCCGUCAAAAGUUGAUCCCAAUCAAAUCCCGCGUCCUAUUCCAAAUACUUCUGUAGUUCUGCAUGAAACCCGACAAGGCAACCAAGCCAAUCCCCCUCCGCCUGCCACAAGUGACUAUAUUGUUAGUGAUACUGGAAAUUGUAGCCCACGGUACAUGAGGUGUACUAUCAAUCAGAUACCAUGUACUGUUGACCUUUUGACAACCUCCGCAAUGCAAUUGGAUUUAUUGGUGCAGCCCUUGGCUCUUCCUCAUCCAUCUGAAGAGCCCCUCCAGGUGGUUGAUUUUGGAGAAAGUGGUCCUGUUCGGUGCUCCCGUUGCAAAGGCUAUAUAAAUCCUUUCGUGAAGUUCAUUGAUCAGGGAAGACGAUUCAUCUGUAACUUGUGUGGACAUACUGAUGAAACUCCACGUGACUAUCAGUGCAACUUAGGUCCAGAUGGCAGGCGUAGGGAUGCUGAUGAAAGGCCUGAACUAUGCCGAGGAACCGUUGAGUUUGUCGCUACCAAGGAGUAUAUGGUGCGAGAUCCGAUGCCUGCUGUGUAUUUCUUCCUGAUAGACGUUUCCAUGAAUGCUAUACAGACUGGUGCAACUGCAGCUGCUUGCAGUGCAAUCAGCCAAGUUAUUUCUGAUCUCCCUGACGGUCCUCGGACAUUGGUCGGAGUUGCUACAUUUGACUCAACUAUCCACUUCUACAAUCUCAAGCGUGCAUUGCAGCAGCCAUUGAUGCUUAUAGUCCCUGAUGUCCAAGAUGUUUACACCCCCCUACAGACUGAUGUUAUCGUGCAGCUCUCGGAGUGCCGUCAACACCUAGAGCUUCUUCUAGAAAGCAUCCCAACAAUGUUCCAGAACAACAGGAUUGCUGAUUCAGCUCUUGGAGCUGCAGUCAAGGCUGCUUUCUUGGCAAUGAAAAGCACUGGAGGCAAACUUCUUGUGUUUCAAUCAGUCCUGCCAUCUACUGGUAUUGGGGCCCUUUCUGCAAGAGAGGCUGAAGGAAGAACCAAUGUAUCAGCUGCAGAAAAGGAGGCCAACAAGUUGCUCCAGCCGGCUGACAAAACUCUGAAGACAAUGGCUAUCGAGUUUGCGGAGUAUCAGGUCUGUGUUGACGUGUUUCUCACAACACAAUCUUAUGUAGACAUUGCCUCCAUCUCGGUCAUUCCUAGGACGACUGGUGGGCAGGUGUACUACUAUUUCCCUUUCUCUGCUCUUGCUGAUACUGCCAAGCUAUACAAUGAUCUUCGAUGGAAUAUCACUAGGCCCCAAGGGUUUGAGGCAGUAAUGCGUGUAAGAUGUAGUCAGGGCCUUCAAGUUCAAGAGUAUUCUGGAAAUUACUGUAAAAGAAUUCCUACAGAUGUUGAUCUACCUGCGAUUGACUGUGACAAAACAAUUAUGGUUACAUUGAAACAUGAUGACAAAUUGCAGGAUGGUUCAGAAUGUUCUUUUCAGUCUGCUGUUCUUUACACUACCAUUGAUGGCCAAAGAAGAAUCCGAGUGUCAACUUUGGCUCUGCCUUGCACAACUAUGCUGAGUAAUCUAUUUCGAUCAGCUGACUUGGACACCCAGUUUGCUUGCAUCUUAAAGCAAGCUGCCAGUGAAGUACCAACUGCUCCUCUCUCACGGAUAAGAGAACAAGUGACAAACCUUUGCAUCAAUAUUCUGCACUCUUACCGUAAAUUCUGUGCCACAGUGUCAUCCUCAGGGCAACUUAUCCUUCCUGAGGCACUUAAACUUCUUCCUCUUUACACAUUGGCUUUGGUUAAAAGCACUGGACUUAGAGCAGAUGGACAGAUCGAUAGUAGGUCCUUCUGGAUAAAUUAUGUUUCCCCACUCUCUACUCCAUUGGCAAUCCCUCUGGUCUACCCUAGAUUGAUAGCAAUUCAUGAAUUUGAUACUAAGGAGAAUGAUGAUUCUCUUAUUCCCCCUUCUAUUCCACUUUCCAGUGAACACAUUACUGACAAUGGUAUCUAUCUUCUCGAGAACGGUGAGGACUGUUUGAUAUAUGUUGGGAACUCUGCAGAUCCUAAUGUUAUCCGUCAGCUGCUAGGCAUUUCAUCUGUUGAGGAAAUUCCUGCUCAGUUUGUCCUGCAGCAGUAUGACAAUCCACUCUCUAAGAAGCUCAACGACAUCAUUAAUGAUAUUAGACGCCAAAGGUGUAACUAUCUCCGCUUAAAAUUAUGCAAAAAGGGAGAUUCAUCAGGCAUGUUAUUUCUCUCGCACAUGGUAGAAGACAAGACACAAAAUGGACUUUCAUAUGUCGAGUUUCUAGUACAUAUCCAUCGACAUAUUCAAAAUAAAAUGGCUUGAGAAAAUAUCCAGUUUUGUUCAUGAAUUUUGAUUAUAGAGAAGGGGGGGGGGGGGUACAGAUGUUCUCAGUAUGAAGAGAUGCAGAUGAGCUUUCCAGGUGUGGCCCCAUCCAUGGCUUCAGAGCUAUCUUAGUUUUUUUGAGGUGCAGCGCAUACUCAAAAUGAACGGACAAAAAGUAAUGUUUUUAUGUAUUUUCACAGUGAUAGUGUUAUUUAUUAUGAUUAUUUUUCUUGACGUGAAAAUGUAGAAAGAAUUAAAAUGGAAUCAGUUUUGUUUACUAUAUUGGAUAUGGUGUUAAAAAUGUGUUUUUUUUUU